AAAAAAGAGGAACUAGCAACAAGUACAGGAAGUGCUUCUGUAUCCCUUCCACUAUUAAAAGAUCUUAAACAGGAGUUUACCAGCUGCUAAUUAUCAUAAUACCAAACAAGAUGGAUGAGGACAUACUAAAUGAAGGUAGCAAUUUAACAACCCAAACCGAGUCACAAGUCAUGAACGGGAGUAGGGAUUCAGACCUAUUCGUAUUUGAAGAUUACAACCAGCGCAUUGCUAUAGCCACCAUCCUUUGUAUCGUCUUUUUGGUUGGAUCCAUCGGCAACACUCUUGUCAUCACUGCCGUCAUUCUUUCACGUAAACUCCGUUCAUCCACCAACUGGUUCGUCGUCAACCUGGGCUGCUCAGACCUUCUAACAUGCCUCUCUUUACCUUUUAAUGUUGUCGCCAUGCUAAGCCGUGACGGUUGGCCUCUUCCUGGUUGGAUCUGUGCCGUCAAUUCUGCGGUGAUUCUGAUAUGUCUAGGAGCUAGUGUCAUGACGUUGUUUCUCAUUGCCUAUAAUCGCUGGUACAUGCUGACUAAGUUAAGGGGAAACUUCCAGAAACUCUACACAACUCGAAACAUCUGCUUGAUGGUACUCAGUGCUUGGGUUUACCCUGCUCUCUUGGUCCUGGUGCCUCACUUUGCAGGGUUGGGUCGACUGGGAUAUUCUUACAACUAUAAAGCAUGCUCACAGGAUACAACACUUCCUAACUCGGACCUAUAUAGCCUGAUAGCAGGGGCGGGUUUAAUUAUUCCUGUAUUCUUUGCCAUAGUUGUGGUUUACAUUCGGAUCUAUCUCUUCGUUACCAAACAAAGUAAAAAGAUGGACCAGCUCAAAAAUGCAGGCAUACCCGGGUCUCAGAAUGUUCAAAUAGAAAUAAGCUCAUCAGAAGUUUCCUCGGCUGCACAGAGCAACCUCUCAUCCUGCAAUGCAACCAAACAAAGCUGUUCGACAUUGAACACGGACAUAUCACAAUCAACAGAGAAAGGCCUGGAUGAAUCAACUGAGGGUGACAUAGCUACAGCCAACGUAGACAAUUUUCAAAAUAAGUCAUCUCCUGAAAUUCCUGGAGUUCUUUCAAAGCGGUCUCCUGAAGAACCGAAAAUCAAUCAGAAGCAUCGACGACUCUUUAAGCGAAAAGCACAUGAAAACAAGAUACAGCCACAACUGAACAAGAUCAAUGUCACGGUAACGAAAAGACUUGCCAUUGUUGUUUUAGCCUUCUUCAUUUGCCUCCUCCCGUUCGGUGUAAGCGUUGUUGUUCCUCCAAGCGAUCCUGGUGUCCCUUGGACCGGUUUGAUGCUGACACUUAAUAGUUGCGUCAACCCUUUGAUUUACGCCAGAACAAUGCCAGAGUUCCGCAAGGUAAUGCUGGCUAUCAUUCGUUGUCGCCUUAAGGACGUUCCACAGUUAUGUUUGUGCGCAUUAUGUUCUGCGCAUAGUUUACACUCUGCGCGCUGACGUCACAAUGGAUGAACAGGUGAUUAACUAGCUGCGGGUAUGAGCUGAUUUUUCUUAUCUUCUGCACUUUAACUGCAGAUCCGAUGCGUUAUUUCAUGAAGCUAAAACAUGGAAUUAUUCCAUGGACCAUUAAAAAAAAUUCUUUACAAUUUCAAAAUACUUUACUCUGCAGUACUGCCAAGAAUCACGAAUAUUAUCCCGAGUUUGAAUAAAUGGUAAAGUGGUUUUGAUUUUUUCUUUACAUAGAUACAAAGCAUUCGGCGCAUUUUUGGUGUUUGAAAAGCACAUUUGCUCUAAUAAAAUUGCUGAUAGUUUAAAAACAAGCACAUGAACCCCUAUUUUUUAAUGUUUGUACCUCUUAGGUAUACCCUUUUCUACAACUCUGCAAAUUUUGGUAAAAAUGACAUGGAUUUUGAAUAAAGUGCAGCAUUUAUUGUACUUUUGUAGUUUGUUACUGAAAUUUCACAUUUUUUUAGAUUGGGAUUUUGUUAUCUUUUACGCCAUUUUUAAGAAUUCACAUUGCUGUUAGACUUAAAAUUGCAAACAAAUAGCACUAUAAAUUAAUUCUCCAUUCUGACGAUACAAUUAUCAACUCACUUGCGAAAUUUGAUGACUUUUUCAUGUAUUUUGACUGAGUAAUAGAGGUUUAAACUCAUUGUAGUAAUCUUGGGCGGUCUAAAAAUGCCAAAUUCUUUUGAAUGCGCAAUUCUUAAGAACAUUAAUUUGGUUGAACUUUGAAGCUCUAUAGCAAAAAAUCAAGCACAUGGACCUAUGUUCAUUUUUGCAUAUUUCGAACAUUAAGGUUCUAAAGUAUCUAUGUGCAAAGUUUGGUGAAAAUGACAUGGAUUUCACUUUAACUGUGGAACGUCCUUAAAGACAUACCCGAUCAAAUUGCAUGUUUGCGUCGAUUUCGUUAACAUGGUUAUGUCGUGGUAUAGCAUGACUGAUGUCAUCUCGAGAAACGAACGUUAUAGACACCCGAUCGGUUGCUUAAGUGCGUCGCUUUGUAGCCUUGGGGUCGCUCCCCCCCC